AUGGGCGUCUUCUACGAGACGCUCCCGCCGUCGCUCGUUCCCUGGCUCCUCGACCAGAAAGUCUUUUGGAUAGGGUCGGCGCCAUUGGCGGGCGACGGCCACGUCAACGUGUCGCCCAAGGGCGUAUCUGACAAAGGCGGACCCUUUUUCGGCGUCAUCAAGGAGCAGCAGCAACAGCAACAGCCGAGAACCCCUAAUGAGAACGUCGAAGCCGAGGCCAACGCCGACGCCGACGCCGACGCCGACGCCGACAAGAUCGGAAACGGAAAUGUCUUGAUCCGCAAGUUCUGGUACAUGGACCUCACAGGGUCGGGCAUCGAGACUACGAGCCACCUGCACGAGCCGGGCAAUGGGAGAAUCACCGUCAUGUUCAAUGCUUUCUCCGGGCCGCCGAGGAUCCUGAGGAUAUUUGGAAAAGGUAACGUGCUCGAAUACGGGACUCGGGAAUUCAACGAGAUCGUUGCGGCUCAGAAAAUCACCAUCAUCCCAGGCACACGGUCCAUUAUCGUGGUCGACAUCCACCAGGUUGGCACAUCUUGCGGCUUCUCGAUGCCGUGUUACAGCUUUGUCAGUUUCCGGCCCACGCUGAACGAUUUCUUCGAGAAGAAGCUGGCCAACGAAAAGGCGGGGAAGAGAAAAGAUGGUAUUGAGGUAUAUUGGGCGUCCAAGAAUGCUUGCAGUAUGGAUGGCCUUCCCGGGCUCAAACGCGGCGUCAAAACUGGCUCGAUCGAAAAGGUCCAACCGAUCAAGAAAAUGGUCGGGCGCUAUGCACCGCUGAAAGGCCCGCGCAGGCCACAGCGCGUCUUCACCGUCGGCCAUCUGAUUCUGGUGGCUUUGCUAAGUUGUAUGAGUACAGCCAUCGUCAUCUUGGGUCUGUUGCGUCUCGGGAUUGGGAUUGCCAGCUUCAAACCAAAAAGGGUAUUGGUCUGA